AUGCCUCCGAAAAAGAAUGCUACUGCUGCGCCCAAGGCGGCGCCCAAGACUGCACCCAAGCCUGCGGCCAAAACCGCGAAGACCGAAAAGACCACCAAGACUGCCAAACCCGAGACCAAGCCCGCGAAGACCCCCGAGGUCAAGGCUUCAAAGGCAAAAGCCCCGGCCAAGACCUCCACAACCACAACUGCGUCCAAGAAGCGCAAGGCCGAUGACGAGGAGGAGAAGCCGCGCGAACCCAAGAAGGCUCGCGUCACACAGCCUCGUGAAAUUAAGCCCAAGGCUGUGAAGCCCAAGGUGGUCAAGUCGAAACCCGCUCCUCCAAAGGUCAUCAUCAACGAGGUGCCCACAACUCGCCUCAACGUGUUCGUCUGCGGUGAAGGUAGCUCGGGUGAGCUUGGCUUGGGCACCGCCAGGAAUGUCAUCGAUGUGAAGCGACCCCGUCUGAACAAACUCCUCGAUGCCGAGACGGUCGGCGUCGUCCAGGUCGCCGUAGGGGGAAUGCACUGUGUGGCCCUGACCCACGACAACCAGAUCUUCACCUGGGGUGUCAAUGACCAAGGCGCAUUGGGACGAGACACCACCUGGGAUGGGGGGUACAAGGAUGUGGAUGACAACAGCGAUUCGGACUCGGACGAUGAUGACAGCGGCCUCAGUCCCCGUGAAGCUACACCGACGGCUAUUCCAGCCAACGCUUUCCCUGAAGGAACCGUCUUUGCUGCCGUCGCCGCCGCGGACAGCGCGAGCUUUGCCCUGACCGACGAUGGUCUGGUUUAUGGCUGGGGAACCUUCCGAAGCAAUGAUGGAAUUCUGGGCUUCGACCCCGAGCAUCGCGUGCAGAACACCCCCAUUCUCAUUCCGGCCCUUAAAAAGAUCAAGCAGCUGGCUUGUGGUGCGAACCAUGUCCUCGCGCUUAAUGACAAAGGAAAUGUCUUCUCCUGGGGCUCUGGCCAACAGAACCAGCUCGGUCGCCGAAUCGUCGAGCGCAACAAGCUGCACGGAUUGCAACCCCGCGAGUUCGGACUGCGUCGCAACAUCGUUCACAUUGGCUCUGGUUCUUACCACUCCUUCGCGGUUCACACAUCCGGCAAAGUUUACGCCUGGGGUUUGAACAGCUUUGGCGCCACUGCUGUGCGGGAGGGUGCUGGCGACGACGAAGCUGCCAUUGCGCACCCCGUCGAAGUGGAAUCGCUCUCUGGUCACAACAUCGUUCAGCUCUGCGGUGGUGCUCACCAUUCGAUUGGCCGCACUGCUGAUGGCCAAUGCUUGGUAUGGGGUCGUGUGGAUGGUUUCCAGAGCGGUCUCAAGGUGGAGUCUCUCCCAGAGGAGUCAAUCAUCAAGGAUGAGCGUGGUCGCCCUCGCAUCUUGAUUGAGCCCACUGCCGUUCCUGGCAUUAAUGCCACCGCUGUUGCGGCCGCCUCGGAUCACUCGCUUGCGAUUGAUGCUGAGGGUCGCGCUUGGUCUUGGGGUUUCUCAGCUACAUACCAGACCGGCCAAGGCACCCAGGAUGAUAUUGAGGUGGCCACGAUCAUUGACAAUACCGCUGUUCGUGGACGAAAGCUUAUUUGGGCUGGAGCCGGUGGCCAGUUCUCCGUGUUCACCGAUGCCUUCAACGCAUGA